AUUCAAGUAAAUUCGAUGGAUGCGGAACUGCAGUUCAGCAUUUUACCAUCGACAACCGGCCUACAGUUGUUCGAUCAAGUCAUGCAGACCCUAUCUAUUAGGGAAAAAUGGUACUUCGGUCUCAAGUUAGAUGAUAAGGACGGUAAGGAAGUAUGGUUAAACCUCAGUAAAAGAACUGAUUCUGUCGUUCCGCCGCCACCUGUCGCCAUGUUAAAAUUGUUAGUGAAGUUGUUCCCGGAGGACGUCGAGAAGGAUGUCAUUCAGGAUGUUACUCUGAAACUCUUCUACUUGCAAGUGAAAGAUGCAAUCCUGAACGAUCGAGUCAACUGUCCGUACGAAGUGGCCGUCCUCCUGGCCUCAUACGCUUUCGUUGUCAGGUACGGGGACUACGAUGAUAACAAAGAUUAUAAAUAUAUCAUCUUCGAUGAAAAAUGGAUCCCUGAUAAAAUUCUCAGCGACUAUCCAUCUCUCUCUCGCGAACAGUGGAAGGAGAUUACACUAACUUGGUACAAGCAGCACAAGUCGAUGAUUAGGGAGGACGCCAUGUUAGAGUAUUUAAAGGUGGCCCAGGAUUUAGAGAUGUACGGUGUGGCUAGUUUCGACGUAACAAACAAAAAUAAUAAUGAUUUAGUGCUCGGAGUUUACUGCGAUGGUUUGAAGGUAUACAGUAAAGAUUAUGGAAAGCUCGAUCUAAAGUUGGGCUUUCCGUUUUCAGAAAUUCGCCGCCUUUCAUCACAUCAAAAAAAGUUCAUCAUCAAGACCAUUGAUAAGCAUACACCAGAAUUCACAUUUUUCUCAUCUGACAAGCGCACAGCUAAAACCAUCCUAAAGCUAUGCAUGGAUUAUCAUAAUUUAUUCAUGAGGAGACAGAAGGCGGAGUCUAUGGAUGUCAAUCAGCUGAGACUGCAUGCUGCUGCCGAGAAGAAUGCCAAAUUGGCUGAGAGGUUAAUUGAAUUAGUAUGCGAAUAA